AUGAGUGAUUCAGAAACGCAAAGACCGUAUACCUUCUUCGACAUCUCGAUUGGUGGACGACCGAUUGGACGGAUCAUCUUCCAGCUCUACUCGGAUGCCGUGCCUAAGACAGCUGAGAAUUUCAGAGCACUAUGCACAGGAGAGAAGGGAGUAGGAGCAGCGGGAAAGCCUCUACAUUACAAAGGAAGCACGUUUCACCGAGUCAUAAAGGGCUUCAUGUGCCAAGGGGGAGACUUUACAGCUUCUAAUGGCACAGGCGGGGAAUCGAUAUAUGGCGAGAAAUUUGACGAUGAAGCCUUCCUCCCAGAAUACAAGCAUUCAAGACCUUUCUUGCUUUCUAUGGCAAAUGCAGGACCCAACACGAAUGGUUCUCAGUUCUUCAUCACGACCGUUCCUACUCCUCACCUCGACGGAAAGCACGUCGUAUUCGGCACAGUAGUCAAGGGAAAGUCGAUUGUGCGUGAGAUCGAAAAUACCAAGACUACAGCGGGAGAUGUUCCUGUAUCCCCCGUCGUCAUAGACGAUUGUGGAGAACUACUCCCAGAUGAUCCCAGUCUGUCGACGGAUAGCAGCGCCAAGGCAGCUGAGGGCAGUGAUCCCUACGAAGAUUGGCCGGAGGAUGAAGAAUCUGUCGAUACCCAGAAACCGGAAGAGGCACUGAAGAUUGCCUCACAUGUCCGAGAAGUGGCUAAUGCCUUGUUCAAGAAGGGAGACGUCGCUACAGCACUUACCAAAUAUCAGAAAGCACUACGAUACCUGGAUAUUCAUCCCGAUUCGACACUCGAAGGCGAGAUAGCGGCAUCAUACCGCGCCGUACGUGUGCCAGUUCUCCUCAAUAUUGCCUUGGUGGCGCUCAAGGUCCAGCCUAUUGCUGGCGGGCUCUCUAUUCAGAGCGCUACCCGCGUUCUGGGUAUCACAAACCUUAGCGAUACGGAGAAAGCCAAAGCUCUCUACAGACGCGGUCAGGCAUAUGCCCUCACGAAGCAGGAAGAUGAGGCAGAGAAAGAUCUAGCCGCCGCCGACGCACUGCUGGGUGGCAAAGAUGCUGCCCUUCGAAGCGAAUUGGAGCGCGUACGUACAAAGAGGAAGGAGAAGAGAGAAAAAGAGAAGAAAGCGUAUAGAGGUCUUUUUGCGUAA